AUGCGGCGUUUAUUAAGCAUCACACUUGUCACCAUCGCAUUUGAUUACGUAUCUUCACAAGAGAACCGAGAACACCAAGGACCUCAAACAUGCGGUGGACAUUUAAAGGGCCAUGUGGGAAUAAUACAGACGCCAAAUUUUCCAAAUCCGUUUCCAGUUCCAAUAAAAUGUCGAUGGGUCAUCGAGCAUGAUAUAGUUAAUGGCACUAUAUCGAUAUAUUUCACACAACAGUAUACCACGAGUGGGUUAACGUUCACUGAGUACAUGUAUUACGAUGAAUCGUAUAAAUUAGGCGAGAGAAGAGCCUUGACAGUUACAGAGGAGAAUAUAACAAGGAUUAAGUGGUUACAAGUCCAAAGUCCUGUUCUGGUCAUAGAAUUAAAUUUAGAUAGAUUAGAGGGAACCCAGCUAAGAGCGCUAGGCCUGCUGUCAGUAUUCGGAUUCAACGUUACUUACGUUGUUCAAAAACCUCAAGACCCACCGGGGCCAUCAUCAUGCAGCGCGAUUGAGUGUCGACUUUUAGGACACUGUUAUGCUAGACACGAUUACAAGAAAUUUUUCUGCUCGUGUUUUGAGGGAUAUACAGGAGUUGAUUGCGGAGUUGGUCCAUUAUGUCCAAAAACCUCUAACAUGUGCAGAAAUGGUGGUACUUGCAGACAGAUGGGUCCAGCGGCAGUUAGUUGUAUUUGCGCACCGGGCUACACGGGUGACCUUUGCGAGUCACAAAUUGCUGCUCCAGAAUGUGGAAUCGAGGAAUGUUUUGAGGGAUGUAAAAAAUCAACUGGCUGUGACUGCAGCCCCAAAGAAAGCGACUUUACUUCAGCGCGUUUUGAAACUAGACUACAGGUUAUAGAUCAAGGAAGUAAUAACAUUACACAAGAAAUUCGAGGACAGAUAUUUAAUUACCUGAGAGCAUCUAAUAUUACAGUACAAGAUGAAAUUGAAAUUUUAAAUAUAAGCUCUCCGGAAAUAAAUGGCGCCCGAACAGUUUGGUUGCGAGUGUGGAGCACGCGUCGAGAAGCAGGCGCAUUGAGAGCGGCUUUUUCUCGUCUUGCUGCAACGCGGACCCGCACUGACUACCUAAGAUUCUUACCAGCUACUCUACAUUUUGAUAUGCAGCCGACCCUAAGUUUACAUCCUUUAAUAGUCAAUCAACGACCAGAGGUGUGGGAGGGAUCUGAGUUUAUUCUCAGCUGUAUGGCAUAUGGAUCACCGGAUAUUGAAUUUACUUGGUAUAAAGAUGGAGUUAAAAUCAACUUUAAUGGCACUACAAGGGAUAUUUGGACCCGCACAGUAGCUGAAGAUGCUUUGGGGAGGCGUAUGUCAGUGUUAGGAAUAUCUGAAGCUAGAACACUGGAUAGUGGAAGAUGGUCUUGUUCUGCUGAUGACGCAGGCAGACGACGCUGCAGAGCAUUAAGGCUUGUAGUACUUCGUCCACCUGACAUUCGUCUCGUGCCCUCUGCGUUGACCGUUAAUAAGGGUGAUAACGUAAGCAUCACGUGUUUAGCUGGAGCUAGUCGAGUUCACGGAGCACUUGGUUUUAGUUGGGCGAGGGAAAGAACCCUUUUGAAACUUGCUCCUGGACAAGAAGUUUGGGAAGAUCUUUACCCCGUCGGUAGUGUGCUUAAACUAUAUAACGUUCAAAAAUCUGGUGAAUUCCGUUGCCAAGUUUCUUCGGUGGCGGGAACAAAUGCAAAAGGAGUUACCUUGUGGGCUCUGGGAAGGCACGAUGAAGCAUGUGAAGCUGAAGCAUCCCAUGGACUUCGUUGGCCGAAAACUGCACCUGGUGCUCACGCUUCUGCAUCUUGUCCACCUGGUCAAACUGGAGUAACUACACGCUUUUGCGAACCAAAAACUACGCAACAUGGAGUGAAAUGGUUGCUACCAGAUUUUUCGGGCUGCAUUGCUGAUUCUUUGCGAGAUAUUUAUGAUCAGUUUACGCGUAUAUCUUAUGGUUACUCAUGUUCAAACGUAGCGGACAUUGCGCAUCAGUAUGGUGCUAUACUACAAUCUCUCCCCACCCUUCCUGGAGCAGGAGCAAUUCCACUCCUUCAUUCUCGCAGUAUGGUUGAGUACCUUCUAUCAGAAGCUGGGAAUUCAAGAGAUCGAUUUGAAAGUGUUGAAUAUUUGCUAAGAAUUUAUGAUACGCUUUUGAGGCAUCCGGAUUCAUUUCUCGACGAAGAGAAAAUAUACGAGCUCCAAAAUAUAAUUGUCGAAACGGUUGGUAUGAAAGAAUACGUGAAUAUUUUAAACCGAGAACUUACAGUUAAAACUAAACCGGUAAGAGAAGACAAUGCUGCACAUUUUAACUUUUCACCCGUUUUCGAUACUUACGAUUGGAUACUUACAUCUGCUGGCGUGGAAUUAAUAGGAAGGAUUGGAAAUGCUUCAGUCAUUGUGAUUCAAUAUCGCGACUUAACGUCAAGGCUACCUUCUUUGAGAAAAUCAAUUGAGCAUAACCGUCCAAUUUCCCCAAACGGACGUGAGCUGGAAUAUAUGCCGACGUCACAACAAAUUCAAGUGUCAGCUCACGCCAAUGGUGUAGAUUUAUCACUGCAACAUUCAGUGACUCUGCUUUUUACACAUUCUAAGAACUAUAGCGCUGUAGCAUCUAGAUUGGCUUGUGGUUUACGUACAACUUUAGAACCUCGUAUAUGGAACAUAAAUGCAUGCGACGUGCGUAUUCCAGAAUCAACUUACGUUUCUUGUCGAUGUCGUGGACUCGGCACUUAUGCACUAUUUAGAAUAACGCGACCUAAGCUCACUAAUGUAGAAAAGGAUCUACGAGGGGUGGUGAAAAUUACUGUUGGCUUAGGCGGAGCGAUGUGUCUUACGGCUGCAGCUUUACAGCUUUUGGCUCUUUUUCCAGCUAAAAAGCCUCGACUUCCUGUGCUACUAAAAGCUGCAACAGCGGGCACACAUUCCGCUGCAAUAUUAACGCUGUUAGAAUGUGAUAGUAGACAGGAGGAGGCAUGCCCAGGAGCACUUGGUUGGAUUUGCGCAGCAUGCUGGUGCGCAGGGUGGGCAGCGCUAUGUGCGCAACCGUUAAUGCUUCAGGCUGAAUUAGCUGGAAGGGGCCAACGAACGACAUCUGUUGGUUUAGUGGCAGGAGUAUGCACACUUGAUUGGCUGACUGCCCGACUUUGGGGAGGCGCUCCAUUGCAAUUGGGUUCAGCUUCGCAAGUUGUGUGUGCAACUGGAUGUGCACUUCUGGCUGUUUUGUGUAUUGUUUUGGCUUUAUGUGUAUCGUUGCGACUGAGAACAAUGACGCAUAAAAUACCAGCAGAAAGGAGAACAUAUCUUAAGGAUCGGCGCCGUAUUAUUCGCCAUACGCUUGUGUUGCUGUUCACAACAUCCGCUGCACAGGCCACAGGAGUCAUUUACGUUCAACCAGGCACACGGCACAUAUCACAGGUUGCCGCCUUUUCUGCAGCUGUUUUAGCUAAUGGCAUAGCCAUGCUGGUUUGCUACGUUAUACACGACGACGAGUGCUUACAAUCUGCAAAAAGAGUACUUUCGUUUCCAUCGCAACGUGAAUGGGAAGACUCACCAGCCGGUGACACUUCACUUAGCUUGUAUAUAAAACAAGGCGGUGAAGUGGAAAGUCGGGGAGGUGUUGGUAUGUUGGAAUCAUCGUCUUCGCCAGUGUCUCCAGUUGCUUCAUACUGGCGAGCACCAGGUCUUGAAAGUCCUGCUGGAAUGCAUAGGAGGCAAUCAAUGUCCGAUAGCCGAGCUGAUAUAGUACGUUGUGUAGAACUCAAGGAAUCUAUGGCGACCUCGCAUCGAUAUGAAACUCGACAUAUUACUACAACCCAUGCAGUUUGCGAUCUGAUUCCAAACUCACCAACCCAGACAGACUACAUAGCAAGGGUUUGCUUGGAAUUGGGAGUCGUCAACACUCCGCCUCCUAGAGAAUCUCCUGUGCCUCUACUUACGUAUUCUGUGGACUUUGAACCGUACUCGGAAAAAAGUUUCGAUACGUCCAAAGAAUCUUGCUCAAUAUGCACUCAGUCUAAUCCCGAUGUUUCAAGAAUAUCAUCACCACCUAUCAAAAGCUGUUUAAAAAAGAACAACAAAAACCCGGAAUAUACUUCUAGCAUCUCACUGCCGUCCAUGGAUGUAACGUGUGAGGAACCGAAAACGAAAUCGGAUAUUGAUCAAAUCAAUAAACAGUGGAAAAAAGCAUAUGAUUCUCCUGAAACAAAUAAAAUGUUAAGUAAAAUAUCGAAUGAUUUAGAUUUUUUAUUAAAUAGAACCCGGGUAGUAAACAAAAGCAGUAUACACGAUCACAUAGAAAAAGCCCCAACUUAA